AGUCAAAGUGAGAACACUGAGAGGCUAAGCCUUCGGCUAUCGCAAUACAUCACGGAACACAGCACAGUUUUGCCACUGUUGUUCCAUCUGAAACCUGUGUAAAGAAGAACCCAGGAAGUGAACCAAACUGGUGGAAAUAGGAACCUCUUGCCCAACACGAUGAAGUUAGUCGUCACCAUCUCUGUAAUGCUGAGCGUUCUCGUCACAGACAUCACAUCAUUUCACCACUGGAAGAAAGAUCGCAAGCUGGGAAGCAAAGCUAAAUAUGAACAUAAAGGUUGCACCUGUCUGAAUGGAGGAACCUGUGUCUCCUACUACCUCUUUUCUGGAAUGAGACAUUGCUUAUGCCCCAAAGGGUAUAGUGGGGACCACUGUGAAAUCGCUGCCAAUUCUCCAUCAGCAGCACGGACAAUCCUGGUUUUCUCGACAGAUGCUGAAAGUCGCUGCUAUACAGACAAUGGGGAGGACUACAGAGGGACUUUGGCGGUGAAUGAGAAAGGUGAAAGGUGCCUGGAUUGGGACUCCCCUUCGCUGCAGAGAUGGCCUUAUCAUGAUGGCAUGGAGAACGCCAUGAAACUUGGGUUAGGAAAGCACAACUUCUGCAGAAAUCCAGAUGGCCGAUCCAAACCGUGGUGUUACGUUAGGAAGGGUUACCGAACCUCUUCAACAUCCUGCAAAAUCGACGAAUGCCGAAAAGAAGCCACAUGUGGCCAGAGGAGCUUCCGCAAGUACUUCAAGAUUGUGGGCGGUUACAAAGCACCCAUUGAGUCUCAGCCUUGGAUAGCAACCAUCUACCACACCGAUAAGAGAGGAGGUAGUCAGUUUCUUUGUGGCGGUAGCCUCAUAGAUGCGUGUUGGGUCCUGACAGCGGCACACUGCUUCGGGAGCAACACCCCUGAGGUAUCCAAGCUGAAUGUUAUUCUCGGGAAGUCUGAAUUGUACACUGAUGAUACGAAGGAGCAAAAAUUUAAUGUUGAUAGGGUUGUCAUUCAUGAGGACUACACACUUCAGAGAACGGAUUAUAAUAAUGAUAUUGCCCUAUUGAGGAUCCGAUCAUCUUCUGGCCAGUGUGCACAAACGUCAGACACUGUGAAGACCAUCUGCUUGCCAUCACAAGACUCGUUUCCAGACAAUUUUCAGUGUGAAGUUUCUGGCUAUGGAAGAGAAAACAAGACUGACAUUUACUUCGCAAGGAUCCUGAAAUCAACCAAUGUGAACCUGAUACCCCAGUCUUUGUGUAAGAAAUACUAUAAGGACAGGGUGACUGGCAACAUGUUCUGUGCUGGAGAUGAAACGUGGCAGACAGAUUCAUGCAAAGGAGAUUCCGGGGGUCCCCUGGUUUGUGCAAGCAGUGACAGUAUGGUGCUAUAUGGGAUCGUCAGCUGGGGCGAUGGGUGUGCUGACAAAGAGAGGCCUGGCGUCUACACGAGAGUCACAAAUUACCUUCGCUGGAUCGAAACCCACAUGAACGGCAUCCAUUUCAAAAGUUCCUACCUUCCUAAAUGAAGAUAUGGCAGCUUUCUAUGGAGCUGGAGCAUGGAAACUGAGCUAAAGAACAUUGCAGGCCGUUGAAACGGCAAGCUUUGUUUUGGAGUUGACGGCUCUUUGGUGGCUACCUUGACUGGACUUAACAUCAGGUCAACUUGUUAACAUUUGUGCCACUAUGUCUGAAGCAGAAACCAUCACUGAACAACACACAUUCUCCCAUGGUGGAGUGGGGAAGCUCUUCAAUAUUUAACAUUUAAAUAAGGAGUGUUUUAGCCAGCCAAUGUAAUAUACAUGUGGCCUUAUCUACAGGAGUCAGCAUUUCACUUUGUCAGUAGGUGUGGGGUUUUUUUUGGUAAGGUUUUUAAAUUGGCUACUAAUGUAAUAUUAGUGCCAUUCAGAAAAACAACUCAGACUCAUUUAAUUGAAUGAGAUUUAAGGACAACUGUGCUGCCCUAUUGAUUCACUAUGUGCCCUUAGAUCUCUGUGGGUGUAGUGUCAGGGUUUGUUUGUUUGUU